AUGGAAAGUUUCAGGGACAAAGAAGAAUUGAGUGAAGUUGAGGCGAAAAAUCAUGUCAAAAGUGGAGAAAAACCCAAACAGAAAGAUUUAAAUAAAAAAAGAGCCAAUAAAUAUUUCACCUGCACUCAGUGUGGAAAGAGUUUCACAUACAAACAUACUCUUGAUGUUCACAUGAGAGUUCACACUGGAGAGAAACCGUUCACAUGUGAUCAGUGCGGGAGGAGUUUCUCACAAUCAUCAAACCUUAAGGAACACAUGAACAUCCACACUAGAGAGAAACUGCACACAUGUGAUCAGUGCAGCAAAACAUUUUUGUGGGCUUCAGACCUGAAGAAUCACCUGAAAGUUCAUACAAAGGAGAAGCCACAUUCAUGUCAUUUCUGUGGAAAGAGUUUUUCAUGUUUACAAUAUUUGAAAGUACAUCAGAAAAUACAUGCUGCUGUGAGAGAGUACAUGUGCUUUGAGUGUGAAAAGACUUUUACUACAGCGCAGUGUUUAAAACAGCACGAGAGGAUUCAUACUGGAGAAAAACCGUAUAAGUGUUCACACUGUGACAAGAGAUUCAAUCAGUCAUCACAUCUGAAAGCACACGAGAGGAUCCACACUGGAGAGAAACCGUAUCACUGCACUGCAUGUGGGAAGUGUUUCAGUCAUGCAUCUUCUCUACACAGACAUACAAAACACAUUCACAGUAAGUAGAUCAUCUUCAGAUCCAGCACUUUCAGAUCUGAUGCUGCGUCCUCAACAAAUCCUCAUCAAACGUAAUUUAUUCCAAGUGCGCUCUUUUAUCU